UUCAACUUCAACCAUUUCUCACACACCGUACCAUCUAAAUCUAUCCACGCACACCAAUCUCCUCUCAGCUCUCUCUAUGUUCUCUUUUCUUCUUUUGCUUUCUGCAAUGGAAGACGAGCCUUUUCUCACAACAACGACAAUCACUUCCCAACGCGCCGAUUUCCUCUUGCAAUCUUCCAAGUCCUUCGACGACGUCACAGCCCCACGCGCCGCCCGUAACGCCGAGAUUCAGGAGCACCUCUCCCAACCCUCUCCCUUUCACUCCAAGAAGAAAAAGCUCAGCCGUUGCAAGACAGCACCCGCCUUGGUUAGCAUGCGGGACCUCAAACCUAAGACGCCCGAAGUCCCCAAGCCUCAGUCCAGUUCCAUAAUCCGACAGGGCAUGUGCUUACUCGCCAUGUACCUCUGCGUGGGAGUCGCCAUUUACUCUUUCAACAGGGACAAUUUCUCCGGCAUCGAGACCCACCCCGUGGUCGAUGCCCUUUACUUUUGUAUAGUUACCAUGUGUACCAUAGGUUACGGAGACAUCGCUCCCUUGACCCCGUUUACAAAGGUCUUCGCUUGCGUCUUUGUGCUGGUGGGGUUCGGCUUUAUCGACAUACUCCUCAGUGGCCUUGUCAACUUCGUUUUGGAUGUGCAAGAGAACAUGAUCCUCACGGGGCUCCAAAUGGGUGCAACUGGGAGGAAGGGUUUUUCUGCCCGGAACUACAUCGUUGAUGUGGUGAAGGGGAGGAUGAGGAUCAGGUUGAAGGUUGGUUUGGCGCUUGGGGUUGUUGUUCUGUGUAUUGGGAUUGGGUGUUUGGUGUUGUACUUUGUGGAGGGCUUGGAUUUGGUUGAUUCUAUCUACUUGUCAGUUAUGUCUGUCACAACGGUUGGGUAUGGAGACAGGGCGUUUAAGACACUUCCCGGUCGGUUAUUUGCUGCUAUUUGGUUGCUCUUUUCUACUCUCAUGGUGGCACGCGCUUUCCUCUAUUUGGCAGAGGCCAGAAUCAAUAGAAGGCAUCGCAGAAUGGCCAACAAGGUGUUGCAGAGAGAAAUUACUGUUGAGGAUUUGCUUGCUGCUGAUAUCAACCACACUGGUUUCAUCAGCAAGUCUGAGUAUGUAAUCUUCAAGCUGAAAGAGAUGGGUAAAAUACAGGAAAAAGAUGUGUUGCAAAUUUGUGACCAAUUCAGUAAGCUUGAUCCCUCUGACUGUGGGAAGAUAACACUACCUCAUCUCUUAGGGGGCACUUUAUGACAGAGUAAGGGCAAAGCACCAUUUUUGCACAGGGAAGAAUCUGGGAAGACGAUCCACGCUGAAAAAGUUCUGCAAAUGUUGAUAAAGCCAUUUUCUUCCUUAUGGGUGAAAGCGAUUGAAUUAUUUGGAGCACUAGAAAUUACAUCGAUUAUAGUGGAUGCAGUGAUCAAUUCUGUGUCAUAAAAUCACACAUCUCUAACAUGAAACUAAAAUCAAUUGUGAAAGAAUUUAAUUUUGUCCUAAACAAGUAAAUCAUAAGAAAACACUUGUAGAAGGAGAAAAAGAUGAAAGAAAGGGGUCAAACAACUUGUUCCAGGUAUGGAAAUGCAGAUAGGAAAGGCCAUAAAUGCAUUAUCACAAGUGUUACUGGUUUUGUAAGUAUAAAAGUAUCAAUACUGAAGUUCUGCUCUUUUAAA